AUGGACUCGACAUCUUCCACAGAGCUUGCCGUGCCGACAUAUUCGGCCGUCGACAAUGACGAUCUUCUAACACGAAUCGAAGCCGCGCCUAACGUCGAGUUUCCUAUCCUGCAUUCCCCCGCCGGUCGCUCCACGAAUCUCCAACGAGUCACGGCCGAUGCCGACUGGAAGGCCUACCACGAAGCCUACCGUAUCGAGACAGACAUCGUCGACGCUUUCUUCUCCGCCAUCGAGAACGGCCAUGAUGAUAUUGUCGCUGACUUCAUAUCUCGCGGUUGGGUCUCUCCCGAUACUACAAAUCGAUGGGGCGAGACGCCGUUGAUCACCGCUGUGCGCGUGGGCAAGCUGCCCAUGGUCAGUCACCUCGUCGCUCUUGGCGCAACUGUCAACGAAUACGGCCGCGCACGAGAUAGCGACGAUAUCGUCAGACCAGAGGAUUUCCCCGAGCGCACACCGUUGAUGGUAGCUGCUGAGCGGGGCCAUUUGGCCCUGGUCAAGGUACUUAUACAGGACUAUGGUGCGAAACAUGAACUCAUUGCACCUGACGGCGCAAUGGCUCUGCGCCUCGCCGCAACCAACCGCCAUCGGGAGAUUGUACAGUUCCUCCCCAAAGUUCGCGGUGGCUCGUGGAAACGAUGGAAGCAUGUACACCACAAGCAGAUGGAGAGAGUGCGACGCGCUGGAAGAAGACUGUUGAAGUUCCUGUGGAUAGUAUUCUGGGACUUUCCUAAGUUACUGGUCUACGAUGCGCCUAAGGAGCUUUGUCGCGCGGCUUGGAACUAUCGCCAUCGCGUAAAGAGCUUUUUCAAGGAGUUGCCCAAGGAGAUCAAGAAGCAGGUGAUCGCAUUGCCUGGGCACAUCAAACGCGCCGGCAAGGCGGUCUGGGAAGGGAUUAAAAAGACUCCCGCUUUUCUGAAAAGCGUUUUCCAGGCGAUCUGGAGGGUGAUGAAACGGAUUCCAGGUGGUAUCAUGACGAUUCUUAGAUGGGUUGGCAACGGCUUGAAGGAUAUCGGCCAGGCGAUCUUCAACAUCAUCACCAAAGCAUUCUCGCUGCUCCACACAGCAGUGAUGGCUGUUGUUACCUUCCUGAAGGGGAUCACUCUACGCGAUAUAUGGGAUGGCUUCUGCUACCUGGUCCGCGCCAUCUUCGUGGAUGCACCCAAGGCUAUCGGCGCAUUCAUCGUCGCCUUUGGCAAAACGACAUACGAUGUACUAAAAGCACUGUUCGGUACUUUGGGCGAGUGUAUCUGGCACAUUGGCGCAGGUAUUCUCUGGAUAAUUCAGUAUGUACCGCGCAGGAUAUGGACCAUGAUCGAAGCGCUUGGUACUUCGCUCGUCAAGGCCUUUGAGGAGGUGAUGGUGUUUGUGAAUCCCAAGCGGAUGUAG